GGGCGCGGCGCAGGCGCACCUGCGCGGCAAGAGCGGGCGAGGCGGCUUUCCCAGCGGGCCUUGGGGUUGGUGAGAGGCCUCCUGCCUGUCUGGGCUGACUGAGGGGAGUCGCAAAAGCGCGGCCGCCGCUUCUGGUGCCGCUGCUGCCAUCACUGUCUUCCCGCCGGCCAGCUCUGGUUUCGAGGCUGGGCGGUGACGUCGUGUCGCGGGCAGGCGGCCCGGCCCGGCUCUUCCUCUUCGGCCGCGGCUCUGGCCCGGCUACGCGCCCUGACGCAGGCAGAGGGGCCUCCCCGCCCAGGCCGUGUGGGAGGCGCCCGGCCCGCUCAGCGCCUGGCCGUUCAAUGCUGCCGGUUUUCCAUUUGAAUCCAAGCCACACAUUUAUGGCGAUUCUGAGUGUCAGGGCAGAUUUCUGCCGGGCCCAGCACAGCACCCUGGCUGAGAAGUGAGCUGGAGGCUGGGGUCCCUCGUGGGGUAACUCAACCUGGCCUUGAAGACUCAAGACACUGAGAGAGAAUCUUCAAAUAUAUGGGGUUAUCUUCUGUACAUUGGAAACCUCUUCCUCGUAGUGACACUAGGGAAGCAAAGCCUGGCUGAACUCUGUUGGAGAGAAGACUUGUCCUUACAAUUUUCUUCGUGCCUCACCAGUGCCUAAAUGUAGUCAAGGCUGCCUAUUUUUUGCAUGUAGUAGAAACCUGUAAAAUCUGAAGGAGUGCCAUCUGCAGUGAUUGAGGCUGAAGUUGAAUUCCAGCAGAUGCUCAAGAAAACCAGUAUUUCUUAAAGUGAAAAAUUAUUUUGAAGAACAAGACCAAGGAAAUAAGGAAAGCUCUCACCAAUUCCCCACUUUAGCGUCUUUGAUGUUUUCUGCUGUGAAACAUUGCACAAUUUGAUUUUUAAUUUUUGUUAACCCUCAUACACUUUCCUCCCUUCGCCAUUAUGAACCGUCCUGCUCCAGUGGAGAUUACUUAUGAGACUAUGCGCUUCCUGAUUACCCACAACCCAACCAAUGCAACCCUCACCAAAUUCACAGAGGAGCUGAAGAAAUACGGCGUGACCACCUUGGUGCGAGUUUGCGAUGCUACCUAUGAUAAAGCACCUGUUGAAAAAGAAGGAAUACAAGUUCUGCAGAUCUGCUUUCUGGCCAUCUCCACUGGCUGCUGUCUUUACUAAGUGGAUUGGGAUCUUUGGAAUCAGAUGCUUUGUGAGGAGGAAGAGCAACAGGAACAUCUGCCUUGGGUUUGAUGAAUGUCAUCUGGACUGGGACUGGCCGUUUGAUGAUGGCGCCCCACCCCCUGGUGAAAUUGUGGAAGAUUGGCUUAACCUGUUGAAAACCAAAUUCCGUGAGGAGCCAGGCUGCUGUGUUGCUGUGCACUGCGUAGCAGGAUUGGGAAGAGCUCCAGUUCUGGUUGCCCUUGCACUCAUUGAAUGUGGAAUGAAGUAUGAGGACGCUGUGCAGUUUAUAAGACAGAAGAGGAGAGGAGCCUUCAAUUCUAAACAGCUGCUCUAUCUUGAGAAAUACCGACCGAAGAUGAGGUUACGCUUUAGAGAUGCCAAUGGGCACUGCAUCGUGCAGUAAGCCAAGUCCCUUUGUGAUGUCUUUGACGCUAUCAUGGCUGUCUUUCUGGACUUGUGGAAUCUGGAAUUGUAAUUCUUGCAUUGAGCGACAUCCUGGCCGUCGUGGAGUCAGGGCUCCUCCGCCUUUCUCCUAAUGAUAAUGAUUGUGAUAAAAAAUAAAAUUAAAACGAAACAUUUCAGUGCAGGAUUGUCUUCUCAUGUUACAGUCUGAUCAUCUGCCAAGUGAUGGGAGUUUCCUUUUCUGUAUUUUUAACUUUUUUUGGUGGAAGAAAACCAAAUUGAUUUUAUGUUUUGAGGAACACCGGAGUAUGUGCAGAAAUUAGUAAUGGCGGAGUAGGACGGGGAGCCCUAAUGAGGUCCUAGCCUGAAUUUAUUAUUAUUUUUUAGUUUUAGAAGUGGAUUCUCUUUCAUUUUGUUGAAACCUGGAAGAUAGAAUUGGAGUUUGUAUGGUCCAUGUGAGUGAGCAGCAGCCUUAAACCCUGUGGGGUGCUUUUAGAAAUAGUGUGAUAUAUGUAUGUAUGUACGUUUGCUGGCAACUGGUUGUUUGUACCAGGGAGGGAGAGGCAGCAUCAGUAAAUCUGAUAUUCUGGGUUAAAGCCCUUAAACUAGGUAGUAUCUACAAGCAUCUUUCAGUUCAAACCUGAAGAGGCACCAGGAAGAAGGCUGGGGCAUGGGCUCAUUUCAUAAUGCUGGGGGGUUGUGAUACAUUUAACAGUGACGUUUCAUGCUCUUAUUAUGCAGGUGUCCAAAUUAUGAUGGUGGGUAUUUCUGAUGUUGUCUUCAGUGCUGAGAUAUAUUGCUCGACAUUUGUCUACAGUUACAUGUUAUCUAAAUGUUUUGAGUUAGAAGUUAACUUCCUGCAACUUAAACAGAAAAAAAUAUCUUCCAGCAAAGAGAGAGACUGUGAAUGUUUUUGGUGAAAACAUUUAAAAUGCCAACUAUACUAUCAUCCAGGAUGGAUGAAAAGGUGGUACGCUUCCUCCCUGGAGAGAUCUUAACAGUUGAAUCAAGUCUCGUCUUCUCAUGCUGCUUUUCCAUCCAUUGGCAUCUUGAGCUCCCAAUGCCUGUAGGCAUUUUUCCAGCUUAGCCUCUCAUAGAGUUCACCUUAACCACUGAUUGCCUUUUUAACUUUUCACCAGGUUCUUAAGGGAGACUUGCUGAUCACAUACUGUCAAUGCCUCAUAUGUUUAUGUUGUCUGUGUAAAAUAUCGGGAAACUGGGCUCAGUUUUGAUUACUGAUUUUGAUUAGGAAAGGCAGGAAGUUUUGCUUGUAUGUUUGUUCAUUUUAAGUUACUUCUCUGCCAAAUUGCUUCAAUUAAACUGAGUUGUUUGUCUUCCAACUCAGUUUUGCUUUUUAAAAUGUGUUUGCUGAAGAUUUUUAAUUUAUAUUCUUCAGUCUUUGUGCAGCCUCAGGCUCCAGUGGGUUCCUCCAGCUGCUCUAUCAGUGAACACAGACAAGGCCUUCCAGCUCUCCAACAGGGUAUCUCAUGGUAUAUUGUGCUGAAUCACUUGAUACACAGUAGUCCUUUUAAAUAUUUUGAAUCUAAAAAUCAUUAAAGCUUCCUGACAAACUUGUUUGAAAACUGUUUGUGAUAACGCCACUCAAAUCUCGAUGUGGGUGACCUGGAGUGCAAUCCUAUGCAUGUUGAUUGAGAACUUCUUUAAAUGUAGGGAAACUGACACCCCUGAAUGUUUGUAAGAUUGCAGUCUUGAUUUUAGUUUGUAAAUCUAUUAAACCCCAAAUGCCAGAUUCCUUGAUAUUUUGUUUUUUCACUUUGUUGUAAAACAUACAAGUGUUCAGAGUGGCAUGUCUUACAUUUAAAAAAGAUCAUGUUUAUCUGGAAGCAUAAUUCUAAGAAGAAGAAGAAAUAGAGCUGUCUUUCCUUAUUUCCUGCUCUGGCUGUCACACAUGUGCAUAAAAGCGCACGUCCUGGUAAUCAGAUCUUAUUUCCUCAAAAAAUGUUAUUUUGACCGAAAAAUGCUGCACCAUAAUGUGUUGAAGUCAGAUUUUUAAAAAUUCCUAAAGUUGUAUCCUAAACCUAUAAAAUAAUUGGAUUUCUUUUCCCUAUGUAUAGUUUUGUUCUUCCCUUUCAGUUUCACUGUAUUGUAUUACAGUAUAUUAGCUUGUAUUUCAAACCUGACAGAACUGAUUGGGGGAGGGUGGGGGGAGCAGUUCGGUAUACAGGGCUACACAUUCUGUCAUAGAAUAGAAAUGCUGGAGCUUCAAUGUGAGCCGAGCUUCAUAGGCACAAUUUCUGGUUUAGCACUCAAAACAUAGUGCAAUAAAGUUCUUACUGUAAAGUCUC